GUCACCCUAUUUACAACAUGGCGGCGCUCCUGGAUCUGGUACUUGCCUGGUCCCGCCAUGUUGGCCUUCCUUUCGGCCCGCCAAGCCGGUCUCGACGAUCCGCUGCGGUUGCGCCGAGCUGAGUCCACCCGGAGGGUACUAAGCUUGGAGCUAAACAAAGAUAGAGAUGUGGAAAGAAUCCAUGGGAGUGGUGUUAACACCCUGGAUAUUGAACCUGUUGAAGGAAGAUACAUGUUAUCAGGUGGGUCAGAUGGUGUUAUUGUACUUUAUGACCUUGAAAACUUCAGCAGAAAACCAUGUUAUACAUGUAAAGCAAUUUGUUCUGUGGGCAGGAGCCAUCCUGAUGUACACAAAUUCAGCGUAGAGACAGUUCAAUGGUACCCUCGUGACACUGGCAUGUUUACAUCAAGCUCAUUUGAUAAAACACUGAAAAUAUGGGAUACAAACACAUUACAACCUGCAGAUGUGUUUAAUUUUGAGGGAACAGUUUAUAGCCAUCAUAUGUCUCCAGUUGCUACCAAGCACUGCUUAAUAGCAGUUGGUACCAAAAGCCCCAAAGUACAGCUUUGUGACUUGAAGUCUGGAUCCUGUUCUCAAAUUCUGCAGGGUCACAGACAAGAAGUGCUGGCAGUGGCCUGGUCCCCGCGUCAUGAGUAUGUCUUGGCAACUGCAAGUGCUGACAGUAGAGUAAAACUCUGGGAUGUAAGGAGAGCAUCUGGAUGUCUGAUUACUCUUGAUCAGUACAAUGGGGAGAAGUCAAAAGCAUCUUCUGAAGCAGCAAACACUGCUCAUAAUGGAAGAGUUAACGGCUUAUGCUUUACAAGUGAUGGGCUUCAUCUUCUGACUAUUGGUACAGAUGACCGGAUGAGACUCUGGAAUAGUUCCAGUGGGGAAAACACACUGGUGAACUAUGGGAAAGUCUGUAAUGAAAGCAGAAAAGGACUCAAAUUCACCACUUCUACUGGCUGUGAUCCAGAAUUUGCAUUUGUACCAUAUGGUAGCACCAUUGCUGUUUAUACAGUCUACUCAGGAGAACUGAUAACUAUGCUUAGGGGACAUUAUAAUACUGUUGAUUGCUGUGUAUUUCAGCCUAAUUUUCAGGAACUAUAUAGUGGUAGCAAAGAUUGCAAUAUACUUGCGUGGGUGCCAGCUCUACGAGAGCCAAUGCCUGAUGAAGAUGCUGCAAAGCAACGCUUAAAUCCAGCAUUUGAAGAUGGAUGGAGCAGCAGUGAUGAUGAAGGAUGAACCUCAGUUAGCUGUUGAUAUAAAACUGACAUUCAUGCACUAUGUUUGUGAAGAAAGGACUUUAUCUGCAGAAUUGAACAAGUAUUUGUCAUCAGCUUCUUUGUAGAGUUCCUUAAAGCUCAGGCUUUCAGAAAUGAGAUUUUCUUUUAAAGUUACUUUCUUGUACUGUCUUAAUGUUUCUUCUGUGUUGUUACUAUAUUUUGAAAUAGUAUUCUUUUAUUUCACCUGGCCUUCUCACUCUCUUCCCACCCACCCCCAAACUUUAGGCAAAGCAAUUUGGUAUAUUGUACCUAGUUGUUGAGCUGAAUAUUAAGAAAAGCAAAAUUUCUGAUGAUUAGAUGCUAGUACACCCCAUCUCUCUUCUGGUGUCACUAAAAUAGUGAGGCCUGAUGAUUCCUUCUAUUUUCAGGGGCUCUAAAUGGGACAGAUUGAGACAAGAUGAGUGUGGAGAGGAGCUGGGGUGUGUAAAUCCCAGUUCCUUUGUAUUAUCCCCAUUUUACAGAUGCCUCUCCAUGGAUGCAUUAUGGAAUCCAGCUUCCUCAAUUAGAAGGAAGCAGGGCUGGUAUUCUCUAUCUAGGUAUUUAUAUAGCCCCAUCAAUUUAAUAUCUGCCCCCAUCCCAGGUAUUUAAAAAUAGAAGCAAAUUACAUGGAAUAGGAUCUUACUGGUCCUGUUAACAUGAUCAUAAGAUCAGUGGGCAUCCUCUACUGCAUGAAACCCCCCAAGUGGAGGGGAAAAUUCAUAGAUAGCAGCAGACAAACACUGAAUGGGGGCUUGGCUUCUGUGACAGCCAAAGAGUCAGGAUGAGGAGGAGAAAGGGAAAGCUAGUGCUGAGUCACUGGGCCUCUACCAAUGUGCUGUGACUUAAGAGGUUGAACCUCCUACAUAUUCUGGGUGUGCAUAUUCUGGGUGUGCAAGACCUGCUCUCCCUUUCUCAUCAAGAUGAUUUAAAGGAAUCUCAGAAAGCUGAGAGUCUCCUGUCUGUGCUGGGUGUGUUAUAAUGUAACCUUCUGGAUUUAACAAGCCUCAAGUCAGAAGAAAAAUUUGAAUAAAAU